AUGGAGGUUGCCUCCGCAGGGGUGCCGAACGGCGUUUCUGCACCCAAUCAGCCAUCCCCCUGGGACCCCGACGUCCUCGUACACUACUUAGUUGAGGUGCUCCAAGUAACUUUGGGAGCUCUGAGAAGUGAGCUAGAAAGUACUGGAAGCUUGUUGUCUAAAGCCAAGUACAAUGAGACCGUACAGCGGUUGACGCGGUUCGCCUCCGAACCGCAGACAGCUCUCUUUGUACAGAAGGAUAUAGUGCCUACAGAGGAAACAAAUGGGACGGAAGAUGGUUCAUCUCCCUCAGUUGGUUAUGCAUAUAAUCUAUCCGCCGAUGUCUCGUUCUCUCCGACAACGGUCGCGUCGGUGGCCUUUACGAAACGUCCGACAGCUAUCGAUCCAUCCCGUCCGCUGUACUUACAGCUGCAUGUGAUGAAUCUCCCCGGAUCGCCAUCUUUCAACGCACAAGCCCAGCAGGGUGCUUCUAUGACUCCUUUUGAAUUCCUACACUCGUCGAUGCACAAUGCUCUAAGUCCUUACCUGGAAGCCUACAUCCGCAAUCAAGACAGUACAAAUGGCUCCAAGUCAAGGACGGAUACAGAAGCAAAGACAGGCGUUCCAGGAACCAAGAAGAAGUGGGCGGAAUUGGAAACGAGCCUUCUUCAUCUCCAGCAGAAUGUGGAGAUUCCCGUCUUAAAUCUCCAGCCCCACGAAGUGGUGCAGGCUGCCUUGAAUGAAGCAGAAGCCCGAGGGAUAAAACCCUCAGUGGAAUUGAUUCCACCUUCUGUCCUGGAAAGCAGCAACUUCAUCAAUAGCAUUCAAAAUUCGGUGAACGGAUGGAUUAGAUCGAUUCAAACUAUCACAAAGAUGUCUCGUGAUGCUGAUAGCGGUUCAGCAGCUCAGGAGAUCCAUUUCUGGCUGGAGAUGGAGAGUGCUCUUGAGGGUAUUGAGAACCAGCUGCGCGGCGAUGGUGUCCAGUUGACUAUGGAUAUCCUCCGCCAUGCAAAGCGUUAUCAAGCAACUCUCAGUUUUGUUGCAGAUACUGGACUGAGGGAGGCGACAGAUAUGGUCCAGAAGUACAACCAGUUGAUGCGUGACUUCCCUCUUGACGAACUAUUAUCUGCCACUACAUUGCAGAAGGUGCAAGAGUCUUUGGGCUUGAUUUUCAAUCACCUCAACAAGAAAUUGAAGAUCUCCCCCUACCCGAUCAAGCGUGCUCUGUCACUUGUUGAAGCUAUCUCUGGGGACCUCGAUGCCCAGAUCCGAUCCCUGAUCAAUGGCCGGGCGAUCUUGCACUUGGAUUACCGAGAAUUCCGUCCGUUAAUGAAGACCACUGGUGCGAUAUUUCGGACCUGGGACGAAAACAUCAAGGAGUUUACCAAUGUCGCUCGAGAGGCUACAAGACGCCGGAAUGAGAAGUUCAUUCCGAUCAAGGUAAUUCCACGGCACGAUAAAACCCAGGAAAGGCUCCAAUACAUCAACACGUUCAGAGUCAACCAUGAGCAACUUCAACGGACUAUUGUGAAUGUUUUGGGACCUAAAACGUCUCUAUCUGGAGACGCCGGGAAUAAUAACGAUGGAGCGGUAAUUGUCGAGGAGAUCGGCGAUGUAGACGCUGUUGAAGAAGUCGCGCAAGCUUUCGCAGCCCUCAAGAAUGUGGAUGUGCUAGACGUAUCCCCCGAGGGAACCCAGUUGUGGGUGCAGGCGGAGAUUGCCUACAAUGAGCGGACUUCUCGUGUUGAAAAUUCCAUAAUUGCUCGACUCCGAGACCGCCUAGCAACUGCAAGAAAUGCGAAUGAGAUGUUCCGUGUUUUCUCCAAAUUCAACGCACUCCUUAUUCGGCCCAAAAUUCGAGGAGCCAUUAGUAAAUAUCAGUCGCAGCUCCUUAAGAAUGUCAAGCAGGAUAUUUCUGCCUUGCAUGAACGAUUCAAACAGCAGUAUGGCCACUCCGAAGCACACGCGAUGGCUCAAUUGCGGGAUCUGCCUCCUGUCUCAGGUGCUAUCAUUUGGGCCCGUCAGAUUGAAAGACAACUCGAUGGUUAUAUGCGAAAAGUCGAGGAUGUUCUUGGGGAGGACUGGCAUCUACAUGCCGAGGGUCAAAAAUUGCAAUCCGAGAGCAGUCUAUUUCGGAAGAAAUUGGAUACCAGACCAAUUUUUGAAUCCUGGCUUCAUGAUGUCCAGAGGCGCCGUAUCACCAUAGCCGGGCGACUUUUCAACAUUGUGCGCAAUCGAGCCGCUGGGAAUACACUUGAACUUAGCGUGAACUUCGAUGCCCAGGUCAUAGCCCUAUUCAAAGAGGUCAGGAACCUAGUCUGGCUUAAUUACCAGGUUCCCCAUGCAGUCAGCAGCAUAUCAAAGGAAGCAAAACGUGUCUACCCUUUCGCGAUCAGCCUGAUGGAAAGCGUCCGUACACUGUUGCAGACCAACCGCUUCAUUUUGUCUAUGUCAGAAGUCGCUAUUUUACUGAAUGGCUAUGUCAACGAUGCGCAAGGCAUGAUAGCCAAGGGAAUUCCUCUAAGGUGGGAAUCGUUUGUUCAUACAUACGAACUUCAUGUAAAACAGCCAACCCUGGUUAAUAGCUCUAUUGAGCCUGCCAUUGCAAGCAGAGGCGAGAGCAAGCACGUUCAGUUUGUCCGUGAAUUCGCCGGAUCUGCCUCUGUGCUACAGUCCAAGACGGCAACACUGGCUUCUAUCAAUGAAAAUAUCCAGAAAGCCAUUGGUGAAUUGAAGACGUGCCCGUACGAUGCGACGGCGUUCAAACAAUGCUUGGACACCAUUCAAGUUGCGGUCGAUAAGCUGAACCUGGAGAACUAUGUAAACCUUGGCUUCUGGGUCGCUGGGCUGAACUCGAAGAUCGAGUCCAUACUUCGGGAUCGACUCCAUCGUGCCAUUCGAGAAUGGGUUGCUUCGUUUCAGGCUGCUGAAAGGGACCAGGUGUCAGCCCAGCUCCUGAAUUCCGGAGAUGAGUUAGAGACUGCGACCUACAAGGUUGAGUUCCCUGAGCUGGUACAUGAAAUCUCGAUGCGGAACCAAGUUCUACAUCUUGACCCGCCCCUGCAAUUUGCUCGAGCGAGUUGGCUUUCGCAUUUCGACAAUUGGCUGGGUAUUGUGUGUAACCUUGAGAAGAUCAAGUCUUCUCGGUACCAAAUCUCGAUUGAUGUUGAGUCAACCCAGCCAUCGGAAGCUUGCUUUACGAAUCUCCCUCAGCACUGCAUCAGCGACCUUGGUGAGGUUUACAGUGUGGUUGAAGCGAGACUGAAAGAGGUCUCUGAAUACGUCGACAAAUGGCUGCAAUUCCAGUCUCUCUGGGAUCUGCGGUCUGAGCAGGUCUACGAUAUCCUGGGUGAUAACCUGUCUCAGUGGCUUCAACUCCUUCAGGAAAUUCGGAAGAGUCGUGCAACCUUCGAUACCUCUGAAGUCAGUCGAUCAUUUGGUAACGUCAAGAUCGACUAUGAGCAAGUCCAGACAAAGGUCAACGCCAAAUACGACCAGUGGCAACAUGAAAUACUCCUCAAGUUUGGGUCAAAACUAGGGGGCCGCAUGCGAGAGGUCCAUACAGAAAUUGCCUCUGCACGGCGUGAUCUGGAGGGCCAGAGUCUCGAGGCAUCUUCGACGGCGCACGCAGUGUCUUUCAUUACAAUCGUUCAACAGUGCAAGCGUAAAGCAAAGGUAUGGGAGCCAGAAGUUGAUCUCUUCCGGCAAGGUCAGACCACACUCUCUCGUCAACGUUACCCAUUCCCUAACGACUGGCUACACGUGGAGAAUGUUGAUGGGGAGUGGACCGCGUUGAAUGAACUUCUUGCUCGAAAGAGCAAGAUUGUCCAGGACCAGACAGAAGGAUUGCGCGCCAAGAUUUCCGCCGAGGAUAAGGUCAUUGGCUCUAGAAUUGAUGAAGUUCUCCACCAGUGGAACGAAGAGAAGCCAGUAUCCGGUACCAUUCCUCCUGAUGAAGCAUCCCGAAUCCUCAGCUCUUUCCAGUCUCGCCUUGAAUCCCUUCGGUCCGAAUAUGAAAUGGUAUCCAAGGCGAAGGAGGCCCUUGACCUUCCACCAAGUCCCCAAUCCUCCUUACCGGCUAUUCUGGAGGAAGUUCAAGAUUUUAUGUCAGUUUGGGCAGCUUUGUCAACCAUUUGGAAGAGCCUUAAUGAUCUACGCGAAAUGCUUUGGACGAGCGUACAGCCUAGAAAGCUUCGUCAGUCUCUCGAUAGCUUGAUCAAAAUGACGAAAGAGAUGCCAAGUCGUAUGCGCCAAUAUGCUGCAUUUGAACAUAUUCAAAACGUGCUUCGACAACUGUUGAAGGUGAAUCCUCUUCUCUCUGACAUGAAGUCUGAAGCUGUCAGGGAAAGGCAUUGGCAAAAGAUCUACAAAGCCCUCAAGCCCAGACAGCGAUUUUCUCUCGUCUCACUCACUCUCGGUGAUGUAUGGGAUCUGCAGCUCGUCGCUAGUGAGGUUGUAAUUCGCGACAUUAUCGUGCAAGCUCAAGGUGAGAUGGCGCUGGAGGAAUUCCUGAGGUCUGUCAGGGAAACUUGGCAGAACUAUUCUCUUGACCUCGUCAACUACCAAAAUAAGUGUCGUCUUAUUCGAGGGUUUGAUGACCUUUUUGCGAAAUGCAGUGAGAAUCUGAACUCUCUGCAAGCGAUGAGACAUUCUCCAUACUAUAAGGAAUUCGAAGAAGAGGCUUCUUCCUGGGAAGAUAAACUCAACAGGGUUCACGUUCUUUUCGAUGUAUGGAUCGAUGUUCAAAGACAAUGGGUUUAUCUCGAAGGUGUUUUCACCGGAAACGCUGACAUUAAGCACCUACUCCCUCUUGAAUCGAGCCGCUUUCAGAAUAUUAACUCGGAGUUCUUCGCUGUGAUGAAGAAAGUUUAUAAAUCUCCUUUCGUCCUAGAUGUCCUUGCCAUCAAUGGAGUGCAGAAGUCUCUGGAAAGAUUGGCAGAUCUACUCAACAAGAUCCAGAAAGCGUUGGGUGAAUACCUUGAACGGGAGCGGCUCUCUUUCCCUCGCUUCUAUUUUGUUGGGGAUGAGGACCUGCUUGAAAUUAUCGGCAACAGCAAUGACAUCCUCCGGGUUGCCAAACACUUCAAGAAGAUGUUUGCGGGGUUGUCUGGGCUAAUAGUUGACGAUGACACGAAUAUUGUCGGGUUUACAUCUAAAGAAGGUGAGGAGGUCCGAUUAAAGAAGGAAGUCAGCCUUGUCAGGACCCCAAAGAUAAAUGAGUGGCUCGCCGCGCUCGAGAAUAGCAUGAAAUUGACGCUGGCGGAACUCCUUGCGGAAGCAGUGGAGCAAUUUGAUACGAUAUACAAUGCUCCGGAGAUUGACAGAACCGCUUUCAACGACUUCCUUGCCAACUACCCUGCCCAGAUUGUUGUCCUUGCCAGUCAGGUUGUCUGGACUAGCGCCGUCCAGAAGUCUCUGGAAAAUGGUGGCACUACUCUUUCAGUGUUAUAUGAUGCUCAAGUUAGAAUACUGGAGCUUCUUGCCGCCACCGUCCUCGGUGAGCUCGAUGCAAUUACCAGAAAGAAAUGUGAACAUAUGAUUACGGAGUUUGUUCACCAACGAGAUGUCAUAUCAAAGCUCAUCAAAUUGAACGCUUCGGCCCCAACUCACUAUAUGUGGCUCCUACAGAUGCGUUAUGUCUACCAGAACAAUGGGGACUUCCUGCAGCGGUUGUAUGUCCACAUGGCAAAUGCGAAGCUCAACUAUGGUUUUGAGUACCUAGGUGUUCCCGAACGCCUUGUGCGCACACCUCUUACUGAUCGUUGCUUCCUGACUUUAACACAAGCUUUGUGCCAAAGACUUGGUGGCUCUCCUUACGGUCCAGCCGGUACCGGGAAAACAGAAUCAGUUAAAGCGUUAGGUCUGCAACUUGGCCGCUUCACUCUCGUCUUUUGUUGUGACGACAGUUUUGAUUUCCAAGCUAUGGGUCGAAUUUUCCUUGGUAUCUGUCAGGUUGGUGCCUGGGGUUGCUUCGACGAAUUUAACCGUUUAGAAGAGAGAAUUCUGUCGGCUGUAUCCCAACAAAUCCAGAACAUUCAAAUUGGCUUGAAAAAGGGAGAAGAAGAUGAAAAGGCUGAGAUUGAGCUUGUUGGAAGACGAUUGUCUGUGAAUCCCAGCACUGGGAUUUUCAUCACCAUGAAUCCAGGCUAUGCUGGACGCUCGAACCUGCCUGAUAACUUGAAGAAGCUCUUUAGAAGCGUCGCAAUGUCAAAGCCAGACAAGGAGCUCAUUGCUGAAGUUAUGCUUUUCUCGCAAGGGUUCAAGCAAGCAAAGCCAUUGUCGAAACAGACGGUGCCUUUCUUCGAUCAUUGCUCUUCACAGUUAUCGAAACAAGCACAUUACGACUUCGGCUUACGUGCUCUUAAGAGCGUUCUAGUUAGUUCUGGUGGCCUCAAGCGCAUUCGUCUCGCCAACUUGGAAGGUGAACUUGGCCCAGAUGAGAUUAUCGAACCUCAGAUCAUUGUUCAGAGUCUCCGGGAGACAAUUGCCCCUAAGCUGGUACGAGAAGAUGUGGACAAGCUGUUUGAAAUACAAGCACAGAACUUUCCCGGUGUGGAGUAUGUACCUGCAAAUUUUGAGAAGUUGGAGCAGGCUAUUCGUGAGAUCGCCCGUGAGCAGCACCAUGUUGACAGCGAGAUGUGGGUUACCAAGGCGCUACAGGUCCACCAGAUCCAGAGCAUCCACCAUGGUGUUAUGAUGGUGGGCAAAUCCGGAUCGGGCAAGUCGUCGGCCUGGAAGGUAUUGCUUCAAGCCUUGCAGCGAAUUGAAGGAGUCGAAGGCGUUUCGCAUAUUAUCGACUCUAAGGUUAUGUCUAAAGAAGCACUUUACGGUAAUCUCGACAGCACCACUAGAGAAUGGACUGACGGUCUUUUCACGGGAAUAUUGAGAAGGAUCAUUGAUAACCUUCGAGGAGAGGAUUCCAAACGUCAUUGGAUUGUUUUUGAUGGAGAUGUCGACCCUGAAUGGGUUGAGAAUCUUAACAGUGUCCUCGAUGAUAACAAGCUAUUGACUCUUCCCAACGGAGAGCGUUUGAAUCUCCCCCCGAAUGUCCGCAUCAUGUUCGAAGUGGAAAGCCUUAAAUAUGCCACGCUGGCUACUGUCAGCCGUUGUGGCAUGGUUUGGUUCAAUGAAGACAGUGUCACUCCUUCCAUGAUGAUCGAGAAUUAUGUCGAGUCGCUCAGAACCAGAACAUUCGAAGACCUUGAUGACGAUAGCGUCCCUGCUGGACAGGCAUCUGUGAGAACCCAGGAUUCUCAAGAUACACUUUCGACCAUUCUCAAGCAGCUCCUCCAAAGCGACGACCUCGUUAUGAAGGCGCUUGAGGAGGCACAUAAAUACAACCACAUCAUGGAAUUUACUGAUAUUCGUGCACUCAAUACUCUGUUCAGCUUAUUGAAUAAGGCUUGCCGGAAUGUUCUUGAAUACAACAUCCAGCACGUGGAUUUCCCUCUUGAUACGGAACAGAUGGAGUCGUACAUUUCUAAGAAGUUCCUUGUCGCGCUUGUCUGGUCCUUUACGGGUGACUGCAAGCUCGGGGAUCGCAAGUCCUUCGGCGAAUAUGUCUCAGGGCUGUCUACGAUUGAUACUCCAUCUCUAAUUGAUUCGUCUCUCAUUGAUUUCGAUGUGUCUCUUCCGAGAGCAGAAUGGACGAGCUGGCAAUCGCAAGUGCCAUCAAUUGAGAUAAACACCCACUCUAUUACCCAAACCGACGUGGUAAUUCCGACAGUAGAUACCGUUCGCCAUGAAGAUGUCCUUUAUUCGUGGCUCGCAGAACACAAACCUCUGCUUCUCUGCGGUCCUCCUGGCUCCGGUAAAACAAUGACUUUGUUUGCUGCGCUUCGGAAGCUACCCAACAUGGAAGUUGUCGGUCUCAAUUUUUCUAGCGCCACCACUCCGGAUCUUUUGAUCAAGACUUUUGAGCAGUACUGCGAGUAUAAGAAAACGCUGAACGGGAUUGUCAUGUCUCCGAACCAAAUUGGGCGUUGGUUAGUAAUUUUCUGUGAUGAAAUCAAUCUUCCGGCGCCUGAUCGCUACGGUACCCAACGAGCAAUAUCCUUUUUGAGACAGCUUGUUGAACAGAACGGUUUCUGGAGAACAUCAGAUAAGACCUGGGUCACUUUGGAUCGCAUCCAGUUUGUUGGUGCAUGCAACCCUCCAACAGACGCUGGCCGUACACCUUUGGCUGAGAGGUUCUUGCGCCACUCACCUUUGAUCAUGGUUGAUUAUCCCGGGGAGAUUUCUCUCACGCAGAUCUACGGCACGUUUAAUUCUGCGAUUCUCAAGAUCCUUCCCUUGUUGCGAGGCUACUCUGAAUCGCUUACCAAGGCUAUGGUUCAAUUCUACUUGGAGUCCCAGUCUAGAUUUACACCAAAGAUCCAACCGCACUAUGUGUACUCACCGCGUGAGCUUACCCGGUGGGUGCGUGGUGUCUACGAGGCUAUUAAACCCCUUGAAAGCCUCUCCAUUGAAGGGCUGGUUCGUAUCUGGGCCCAUGAAGCUCUGCGACUUUUCCAAGAUCGACUUGUCGCUGAAGAGGAAAGAAAUUGGACAGCUGAUGCUAUUCGACGUAUUGCGUUGGAGAAUUUCCCUGCUAUCGAUCACGAGCAAGCUCUCAAGGGACCAAUUCUGUUCUCCAACUGGUUGUCAAAGAAUUAUGUACCUGUAGAACAGGAGCGACUCCGCGAUUUCGUGAAGGCACGUUUGAGAACAUUCUGUGAAGAAGAAGUUGAUGUCCCUCUGGUACUGUUCAACGACGUUUUGGAACAUGCCUUGCGCAUUGAUCGGGUAUUCCGACAACCCCAAGGACAUCUUAUUCUUAUCGGUGUUAGUGGCAGCGGUAAGACUACGUUAUCGCGCUUUGUGGCGUGGAUGAACGGUCUGAAAGUCUUCCAGAUCAAGGUUCACGGCAAAUAUACUUCUGAGGAUUUUGAUGAUGAUUUGAGAAACGUCCUUCGUCGAGCAGGAUGCAAGGGUGAGAAGAUCUGUUUCAUCAUGGAUGAGUCCAACGUCUUGGACUCUGGUUUCCUCGAAAGGAUGAACACCCUCCUGGCUAAUGCGGAGGUACCCGGCCUGUUUGAAGGGGACGAGUAUUCCUCAUUGAUGACUGCGUGCAAAGAGGGCGCACAGCGACAAGGUCUACUCCUAGAUUCUCAGGAGGAGCUCUACAAGUGGUUCACGCAGCAGAUUGUCAGGAACCUGCAUGUCGUGUUCACAAUGAAUCCUCCAGAAGAAGGCCUGUCCUCGAAAGCGGCAACAAGUCCUGCACUUUUCAACAGAUGCGUACUCAAUUGGAUGGGCGACUGGUCCGACCAGGCCCUGUUCCAGGUUGGCUCCGAACUCACUCACUCAGUCGACCUUGAUAAACCAAACUUCGUCGCUCCCGAUAGUAUCCCCGUAGCGUACCGUGAGCUUAGCCUUCCGCCGUCCCAUCGAGAUGCAGUUGUGAACUCGAUGGUGUAUAUUCACUAUUCCUUGCAGAAGUUCAACCAGCGUCUCCAGAAGCAACAAGGAAGGACUACCUAUCUGACUCCUCGUCAUUAUCUUGAUUUUGUUGCACAAUAUGUGAAGCUUUUCAACGAAAAGCGUGAGGAUCUCGAGGAACAGCAGAGGCACUUGAAUGUUGGUCUUGAAAAGCUGAGGGACACUGUCGACAAGGUUGAGGAUCUUCGUGCCAGUCUGGCACAGAAGAAGGCAGAGCUGGAGAGAAAAGAAAUGGAGGCGAACGAAAAGUUGGAACGUAUGGUUGCUGGUCAGAAGGAGGCAGAGCAACGGAAGGCUGCAUCCCUCCAGAUUCAAGAAGCACUGGAGGUACAGGAACGUGAAGUGUCGGAACGAAAGGAAGUCGUCCUGAAUGAUCUUUCCAGAGCCGAACCUGCUGUCUUGGAGGCGCAGAAGAGUGUGAGCAAUAUCAAACGUCAGCACCUUACUGAAGUCCGUUCUAUGGGCAAUCCACCAGCUAGUGUCCGGCUUGCUCUGGAAGCCGUCUGCACUCUUCUUGGCCACAAAGUUGAUAGUUGGAAAACGAUCCAGGGCAUUGUUCGAAGGGAAGAUUUCAUUGGUAGCAUUGUCAAUUAUGAUAAUGAACGACAGAUGACAAGGAAUCACCGGCUUAAGAUGCAGAACGAAUACUUGUCGAAAGAGGAUUUCACAUACGAAAGAGUCAACCGUGCUAGCAAAGCUUGUGGUCCCUUAGUUCAAUGGGUUGAAGCUCAGGUUAACUACUCGGAUAUCUUAGACAGGGUUGGUCCACUGCGAGAGGAAGUUGCGCAACUUGAAGAACGACUGCUACAGACAAAGGCAGAGGCCCAGGCUAUUGAGAACACCAUCCGCGGUCUCGAAGCAAGCAUUGCUACCUAUAAAUCUGAAUAUGCGGCCCUCAUCAGUCAAACUGAAGCGAUCAAGACGGAGAUGUCCAGAGUCGAGUUCAAGGUCAACAGGAGUUUAAGACUGCUCAAGAGCCUCUCAUCUGAACGUGAGCGGUGGGAGGAAGGCAGCAGGUCGUUUGAGAUCCAGAUCAACACCCUUGUCGGCGAUGUGCUCAUUGCAGCUGCAUUCCUUGCAUAUGGUGGUUUCUACGAUCAACAAUUCCGGAAACUUAUGGUUGAUGAUUGGGUCAACCACUUAUCACAGUCCGGAAUCAGUUUCAAGCCACAUAACCCAGUAACAGAGUACUUAUCCAAUGCAGACGAGCGCCUUGCCUGGCAAGGUAACUCGCUGCCGGUCGAUGAUCUCUGUACCGAGAAUGCUAUCAUAUUGAAGCGCUUCAAUAGAUAUCCUCUGAUCAUCGAUCCAUCUGGCCGUGUCACGGAAUUCCUGCAGAAGGAGAACAAGGAAAGGAAGCUUACUGUUACCAGCUUUUUGGACGAUUCCUUCGUCAAGCAAUUGGAGAGUGCACUGCGUUUUGGAAAUCCGAUUCUCAUCCAAGAUGCGGAACACUUGGAUCCGAUUCUCAAUCAUGUCCUCAACAAAGAGUACCAGAAAACAGGCGGGCGUGUCCUCAUUCAGCUCGGGAAACAAGAAAUCGACUUUUCUCCCUCAUUCAGGCUCUUCCUCUCCACAAGGGACCCAUCUGCAUCGUUCCCGCCUGAUGUUUGCAGUAGAACAACGUUUGUCAACUUUACGGUCACCCAGAGCAGCUUGCGAACCCAGUCACUGAACGAGGUGCUCAAGUUUGAACGCCCGGAUGUUGAUGAGCGCCGUACCAACCUCGUUAAAUUGCAGGGAGAAUUCAAGAUCCACCUACGUCAGCUGGAGAAACGCCUCUUGCAGGCCUUGAAUGAGUCACGCGGCAACAUUCUCGAUGACGAUAACGUCAUCGAGACUCUAGAGACUCUUAAGAAGGAGGCUGGUGAGAUUUCGAAGAAGAUGGAGGAAACCGAGGGUGUUAUGACAGAGGUCGAAAACAUCACCACCAAAUACGGCAUCAUCGCCAGGUCCUGCAGCGCUGUUUUUGCCGUACUGGAGCAACUACACCACAUCAAUCAUUUCUAUCAAUUUUCACUUCAGUACUUCGUUGAUAUCUUCAACUCCGUUCUGUAUCAAAACAAGCGCCUUGCUCAAGAGAGGGAUCAUGCUGCACGCGUCCAGAUUAUUCUGCGUGAUCUUUUUGUUACAACCUACCAGCGGACCUCUUUGGGUCUGAUUCAGAAGGAUCGCAUUACGCUCGCAAUGCUUCUGGCACAAAACGCUCCGUACAAGAUGGAAAAAGGCAUCAUUGACAGCAUACUUGACGGGACUAUAGAGGGCGUAGAUCUGUCAACAAGCCCCGAGCGCCGCGAGCAAGUCUUGAACCAAAUCGCGAACAUGUCUCUGUUCAAGCCCGUUUUCCCCAACAUACCUGUAGAACAGUGGGAGCGGUUUUUCGGCGAGGAACUUGCUGAAAAUACUGUUCCCGCUGCCUGGGAAGAGGGCACAGAGAACGUCGACCAACUGCUCCGUUCCUUGUUACUUGUGAAACUCUGCAGGAUGGACAGGUUUGUGCCAGCAGCCGAGCGAUUCAUCACAGCCGUCUUUGGUCACGAGUUCUUCGAAGGAAGCAGCGACUUGAAGGACGUAGUCGAGCAGGUCACUGCCACUACACCCAUUGCUCUCAGCUCAAGCCCUGGUUUCGAUGCCAGCUACAAGGUGGAUGCGCUCGUUGAGCGUAUGCACGCGACGUGUGCCAAUAUUGCAAUGGGUUCCAAUGAGGGUCUACAGAGCGCAGAUAAAGCGAUCAGCAACGCUGCUGCUACAGGAACAUGGGUACUAGUCAAGAACGUGCACCUUGCACCUUCGUGGCUACAGAGUCUGGAGAAGAGGCUUGAUUCGCUGAAGCCUCACAAAGAUUUCAGACUCUUCCUUUCUAUGGAGUCUAGCCCGAAGAUUCCCGUUAACCUCCUCCGGGCGUCUCGCGUGCUCAUGUUUGAGCAACCAGCCGGCAUUCGUGCCAACAUGAAGGAUUCGUUAUCAUCCCUGUCACUGAGAGCCAGCAAACCUCCCGUUGAGAAGGCCCGUGUCUAUCUCUUGCUUUGCUUCCUGCAUGCCGUUGUACAGGAGAGGCUGCGCUAUGCUCCCAGUCUUGGUUGGAAAGGCUUCUGGGAAUUUAACGAUAGUGAUUACGAAUGUUCGGCUUACAUUAUUGAUGUUUGGAUCGACUCUAUCUCCCAGGGUCGGUCCAAUGUGGCGCCUCAGAAGCUUCCAUGGGAUAUGAUCCGUACCCUUGUCACCGAGAUGUACGGUGGGAAGAUAGACAAUGCUGAUGAUUUCCACCAGCUAGAGGCUCUAGUCAACAGCUUCCUCACCCCAGAAGCUUUUGAAAGUGACCACAAGAUGGUGACCGGCGUCGAAAACGAUGACUGCCUGGCGCUCCCUGAGCAGACGAACGUGCGAGACUUUGUGGAAUGGGUCAACCGACUUCCAGAACGAGAGCCUCCUACGUAUUUGGGACUACCAGCUAAUGCAGAGAAGCUGUUGCUUGUUGGGCAUGGGAAGAAGAUGAUAUCAGAUUUGGUGAAGGUGACAACCCUCUUGGAUGAGGGAGAGCAAUUGAUGGUUGACGUUUAGGGUAUUAUUGUCCAACACACUGUAUUGUUGAGAUGAAAGUAGAAGAUGGGCUUUUGUCUUUUGUAUACUGAAGGGAGAGAAAGACCGCUGGCGGAUGCUUUUCCGCGUUUUCCAUGUCAUGUAUUUAUCCUUCUGUCCUGUAUUCUUUUAGUUGUCUAGACCUCUUGUUUGUAUUUGCUCUUGGCUGUACUUGUAUGACUUGCAUGGCUUGACAUAAUUAAUGCAUAAUUAGAAUUCAACAUGGAUUUCUCA